AUGGGGUCAGGAUCCCUGAGCGCCUGCAACAUCACCGGUUUGGACCUCUCCUUCAACUCCUUGGUUGUGCCACAUCACGGGACUCUCUUGAUACAUUUCCCUUCCCUGCGCUCCCUCAACCUCUCUAGCAAUGCCCUGCUGGCGCUGAGCCCAGCAGUAUUCUCCAACCUCGGGGCACUGCGUCUGCUGGACCUGAGCAGCUGCAGCAUUGCCUACCUCCACAUGGACGCUUUCAAGGGCUUGGGAAACUUGCACACACUGCUCCUAAGAAACAACAGUCUGCAAGAGCUUGAGGUCCCUUUCUUCCUGCCACUGAAGGCUCUUUUCCACCUGGACCUGCAGCACAAUGCACUGGUCUCUGUGGACACUUUGAGCCUGCAGGUGAUGGAGGCAGUCCCGCAGGUCCGGCUGGAAGGGAACCCCUGGGUCUGUGACUGCACCACGCACCCUCUGCAGCAGUGGCUACAGCGCAGGCAAGCUGUGCAGGUGACUUGCGCAUCACCCCCGGGGCUGCGGGGCCGAGAGAUCGCAGCUCUGGAUUCCCAGGACCUGGGCUGCCGCAUGAAGCAGCGCUUUCCUCGGGGGAUCAGCACGGUGCAGCAGGACACAGUGACCCACAGCAACACCACCACACCGCCCACCGGGAAGGGGGGAAGGAGCUGGCCGUACCUGAUAGGCUUCCUGGUGGCAGCAAUCGGCAUCUCCAUCCUGAUCGCGCUGGCUGCCAAGUGCAAGCUCUUCCACAAGAACUUCGCCAGCUACCGCCACCGGCCGCUGCCUGAAACCAGCUCGAUCGGAGGCGGCCCCAUGGAGGAUGCUGAGGAUGACGACGGCUUCAUCGAGGACAACUACAUCCAGCCAAGCGAGCACCUGCCGGAGGAAGAGGAGCGGGAGUCGCACCUCUCCAUCUGA